UAUUUUGUCGAGUACAUAUUAGAUAAUAUAUAUAAGUAUAAGCAGGAAUUGAAUACAUAAAAGUGAAUACAAUUAAAGGGAACAUUAGGACAAGGACGGUAGGCACGCUGGUGCUCUAGAAACAAAAAGAAACCACCUGAUUUUUGGGCUUCAGUUCCUAGAAUGCAAAUUAUACUAGAAAACCAAAACAAGUUUUUAUGUUUCAAACUCGCAGGCGGCCUCUGGAGAAUGAUUGCCUUACACAAGCAACUUCGUGGAAAAUCGCUCUUGUCCUCGCCCCGCUCAGUUAUUUCCUCGAUAUGCCCUGCCUACGGAAACAGGCAAAGGUUGCAAUCGUCUCUGUAGUUAAAUUAGAAUAAAGCAUUCACGGGAGCCGCCUGGGAAGUCAAAUCCGAGAAAUCCGAAGUCAAAUCCGAGAAAUCCGAGAAAGGGAGCGACUCGGCACAGUUCUCUCGCCCUAUUUCCUUCCCCUGGUUGGCUCCGGCUUCCCCGCGCGAUUUUUUCGUUUCCCUACCAGCUUUUACUGCCAACAGCCUCCGCCCCCUUUUUCUCGCCUCAUAAAACCCGCCCCUGAAGUAAGGGCGGCUACUGCCGGCCCCUGAAAGGGUCGGUUGACACUUUCCGCCGGAGCCAUUGCGAGAAGACUUGCGUUAGAUUCUGCGGAAAGUUGCUUGCCUGGGGUUUGAACAGGCGCGGCGCGGCGCGGAUGAAACUGAUCGAUAGUGGCGCACCAGCGGCCAACAAUGCCUCCACCGCCAGCGAUGCCACGGCCUGCAAUCUUGCCCCGGAGGUGAAGUAUAUCUUGGGGAUAGACGUGGGCAGCUCGGUGAUACGGUGCCAUGUGUACGACAAGGCGGCGGUCCUCAAAGGAUUCAGUAGCAAACAGGUAGAGGCACUUCAUCCUCAGCCCGGUUGGGUUGAAUUAGACCCUGAAAGUCUGUGGACCCAGUUCAUUGAUGUGAUUAAAGAAGCAGUUCAAGUUGCAGGACUUAAAAUGAAUCAAAUCUCUGCUCUUGGACUUUCAACACAACGUGCAACUUUCAUUACAUGGAACAAAAAGACAGGGAAACCUUUUCAUAAUUUCAUAAGUUGGCAAGAUGUGAGAGCUGCUAACCUUAUUAAAUCCUGGAACAGAUCUUUUUUAAUGAAGGCAGUCCAUGGUAUUUCUUCUUUGCUGCACUUUUUCACUCGGAUUAAUAAACUUCUGCUAGCCCGUUCUUUUAGUUUUACGACCCAGCAUGUCUCUUUAAGACUGGUUUGGAUAUUACAACAUUUAUCUGAGGUAGAACAAGCUGCUAAAGAUGACAAUUGCUGUUUUGGAACAGUUGACACAUGGUUACUUUAUAAACUCACUAAAGGUGCAGUGUAUGCUACAGAUUAUUCAAAUGCCAGUACCACUGCGUUUUUUGAUCCUUUUAAGCUGCAAUGGAGUGACCUUUUUAGCAAGUUACUCUCCAUUCCAAUAUCGCUUUUCCCUCCAAUAGAGGACAGUAGUCACAUUUUUGGAUCAGUUGAUGCUGAAAUAUUUGGAGUACCUAUUGCAAUAGCAGCUUUGGCAGCAGACCAGCAGGCAGCCAUGUUCGGACAGUGCUGUUUUGAUACAGGUGACAUAAAAGUCACCAUGGGGACUGGUACCUUUUGGGAUAUUAAUACUGGAAACAACAUUCAUGUAUCUAAGAAAGGCUUGUAUCCAUUGGUUGGUUGGAAAAUUGGGAACGAGAUCACCUUCUUAGCUGAAGGCAAUGCUUCUGAUACUGGAAAUGCUAUCAAAUGGAUUCAGAGCUUAGAACUUUUUGACAAUGUUGAAGAGACAUCACAAAUGGCACAUAGCCUAGUAAAUUCGGGAGGAGUUUGUUUUGUUCCAUCUUUUAGUGGUUUGCAGAUACCUGUGAAUGAUCCUUAUGCAUGUACUUCUUUUAUGGGGAUCACACCUACUACUACCAAAAAACAUCUUGUUCGAGCUGUGUUGGAAUCCAUCGCUUUCAGGAACAAACAGUUGUACGAUAUCAUUACAACAGAGGUGGACGUUCCAUCUAUGUCCAUUCGAGCUGAUGGAGGCGUCACUAAAAAUAGUUUUGUGAUGCAGAUGACUUCGGAUUUAAUCAAUGAAUCAAUAAAUAAGCCUGACAGUACAGACAUGUCUUGUCUUGGAGCAGCUUUUCUAGCAGGCCUCGCUAUUGGAUAUUGGACUGACAAAGAACAUCUGAAGACGUUGAGGCAAACUGACAUAGUUUUUAAGCCACAAAGAGAGCCAAAAGAAUAUGAACCUGCCAUGAGUAACUGGAUAAAAGCUGUCCGUCGUUCUCUAUCUUGGUAUAGCCAGACAUCUCAAUAAUUAAUAUUAUUUAUAUGUUGGACAAUAUAACUCACAAUUUUAUUUCUGCUUUAGACUUAAUUGUACUAAGCAGUUAUUGUUCUCGGACAAUAUUCAAGCAAUACAAAAAGUCUUCUGGAAUAGUAGUGAACCCAAGGUAGUGGUCAAGACACUAAAUGUCAGAGUGUCAUGUUCUAAGUGAUACUUACUUAUAAUGGACAGAUUUGAUUUUAUUCAUCAGAUGAGAUCAGUAUGCGGGUAUGUUCAAAUAACCACCCUAGGAGAUUUCAUAUGGAAAAUCUAGAUUAAGAUUGUAUAACAAAAAUUAUUUCUAGCAUAGAUAGGAACAUCUCACAUACUUCUAUUUUCUACUGUAAAUCGUCUCCUUUUGAUAGAAAUAUAUUUAUUGGAAUGAUCUCCCACUCCAUUCCCAAAUGAAAGAGACACAGAUGCAUCCAUAAUGGAGUGCUGGAAACCCAAAGACCAGCUGGCCAAUGCGCAUGCACUGGCCAGCACAUUCUUGGCCAUUUUUGGGGCCAUUUUCCGGUGUUCUGGCACAUGCAGAAACCAGCUGGCACAUGUGCACGCUGAAAACCAGAAGAGCAGCUGGUGACGAUAAGCAUGCCCACAGAGAGAGGGAUCUGCAUGUCACCUCUGGCAGGAAUGCCAUAGUUCGCCAUCACGGAUAUAGGUAAAUUGGUUCUAAGAUUGGAGGCUGACUGUCUAGAGUGAAAAGUAGUAAAAACUUUUUGUUAAUUUUAAGGGUUCUUUAUGGUGAAAACUAGUAAGCUAAAAGUGAAACAUGAUAUAGAAAUUAACUACUUGCCAAAUGAUGUUUCAACAAUAGAAUACAGAGACAAAUAAAUUAGCAUGUGAAUUGACUCACCCUUGCAAUGAUGGCCUUAAUUUUUUAUGGCUUUAAAAAUGGUGAAAUUUGAAGUUUUCAAAUUGCUUAAUUGGAAAUUGGUCAGCUGUUUUCUAUCUAUAUGAAGAAUUUAGGAUUUGCUGAUAGGGCCAGAAUGGUCAGUAUUGUCCAGUAACCUUUGGAGUCCCGAUAUUCUGAUUUAAGAGAUAGGGGGAAAUCUUGGUAUAUCUGCCUUUUAGAAGUUAAGAUUUUAGAAUCUUAAUUUUAAGUUUAAACAGAAAUGAAAGAAGCCUCUUUCACAUAACUCCAGGACAGUGCAACUAUCGUAAAUAGAUGGUUUUUUCACUCAUUAGAUAAUCCCAAAGUGAUUCCCUAUACACUUCGGUACCUGAUACUUCAGAACUUAAACACUUUAUGCAGUAUGUAAAAUAUUGAAGGUAGAAUAUUUGGGAAAUAGUACAUAUCAGCAUACUGCUUUAUGUGGUAAUUUCCAGAUUACUGUGGUUAGGGCAGUGGUGGGAUUCAGCCAGUUCGCACCACUUCGGGAGAACCGGUUGUUAACUUUCUGAGCAGUUUGGCAAACUGUUUGUUGGAAGAAGUCAUUAAGGCAGAGAACUGGUUAUUAAAUUACUCGAAUCCCACCACUAGGUUAGAGUCACACAUUAUGAGCCAGAAUACAUGUUUGGUGUUAAUUUUUCAUAAGUGCAUUGACAUUACAUUUGAAAAAGAUAACUAUCAAAUCUUUGGCCAAUCCAGAUUGACUGAUUGUCCUAGCUGAAAUGUCAUAUGCCCAGCCUGAAUUUUUAUCAGAUUUUAAGAAAAGUGCAUGAAUUUGGUCACAUCACUUUUAUAUUUGCAUGGAACCCAGUUAAAUUUCUUCAAAGUAAUUGUAAUUACUUGUCUUAGAAAUUAUGCAGCACCUAAAUUUUGUCACUAGUAAAUUUCAGUUUUAAAUACUAUGUAAAGUAAUUUUCAAUGCAUUAUAAAUAUCUGCUGGCUGAGAUUAAGUCUAGUGCUAUGUUCUACUCUUAUCUAAGAAACCAUCUUAACGCUAAUUCAGAUCUACAGUCAAUUCAGCUCACUACUCACUGGUACUUCAGGAGAUUCCUAGUUUUAGAAAUACUAGAAAAUAUAGAGAGUCUUCAACUUAUGAUCAUAAUUGGGACUAGAAUUUCAGUUGCUAAUAUGGUCAUUUAGUGACUCAUGUGACCGGACCCAAUUGUAUUAAUAUUUUUCCUGUGGUUAAGCUAAUCAUGUCAUUAAGCAAAUCAUGCAGUCAUUAAGCGAAUCCAGCUUCCAAUUCACUCUGUUGUUGGAAGUUGGCCAGAAGAUCAUAAAUAGCAGUCGUGUGACCGCAAGAUGCUGCAACCAUAAUACAUGAGAGCCAGUUGUCAAGUGUCUGAAUUACAGUCAUGUGACCACAAGGUGGCACAAGCAGUUGUAACUUCAAAGUGGUUUUUAAAUCACUUUUCUCCCAAGGUGGUCAUAACAUCAAAUCAUCAUUAGACAAAAGGUUGUAAAAUAAGGAUUACCUGCAAAUUUGUAAACUUUAUCUUGCUAUUCAAAAAAUACUUAGUGAAGUGAAAUCUUUGUCUCACAGAGUUUUCUGAGCCAUGUUUAUACUGGCUAUGCAGUGGCAUAUUUUUGGUCUGAGAGAGAUAUAUAACCUUUGCAUCAAGGCAGUCCUUCAUCUACAACCUAUUCUGUGAUGACUCAAUAUAUUCAUCAGAGAUAAAGCAGAACUUAACAGAAGGAUAACACAAAGGAAAAAAUGAGGUUAGGUGAGUUAAACAUUUGUAGACCGGUCUCAAAACAAUUUACGCAAAGUUUUGUUGCAAGUAAUGCAGCAGCAGUUAAGUAUGAAAGUCACUGUAUUUGCAUGUAUUUUUUCUAGGUUGAAAUUUAAUUGCAAGAUUCUGAUUUAUGGUGCUAUAUAUCAUAGUAGAAAAGGCCUAAGUGCCAGAAGAAGGAAUGGGAGCAACUGGGAGCUUUCUUUGAAAAUCUGCAUGUUAGAACUUUCUCUGUUUCUUGAGCCAGAACAUAAUUAGGAUAGUGAAUUAUAUAUUUCAUCUGCAUUUUAUACAUUACCCAUUAUAGUAACUAGAUUACUCUAUGUGAAUUAUAGGAUUGAUCUAUGUCUGGUCAAAAGAGCCAGAAAGGUUUAAAGCGCCCCUCCUCCCAAUAUAUAUAUAGGCCAGUCCUCUGGUAGUAUAUUCAUCAUGUGCUAUUUAAUUGAAAGAACUAUUUCUAAAAAUAUAUAUUUAAUAUAUUUUUAAUUCUGUAAUAAAGAUCAUUGUAUUGUUCUGAAUUAAGAUACUGAUUAAUUUGAACCACUACUUUGUUCAAGCAAUCUCUACAAUAUUGUAUACCUAAGAACUGUAUUUUGUGCUUAUAUUUUCAUAAUAUAUGUUUUCUAAAUUGAAACUAGCUGUUACAAAGUGCUAAAUCAAGGCUGCUUUAAUUUAUACUGUGAUCUAUUACUUCAGAUGUAUAUACUGAAUACUCACUUGUAAAUUAUAAAUUCCAGUCUCAAAAUAUUUUGAAACUAUAAAUAUAACAGACUGAUUCUUAAUAUAUUGAAGUAUGGCAUUUAAGAUGAAUCAUUGCUUACUAAUAGUUUUAUGCCCUUGCAAGUGUUGCCCUAUGCUGUGAAAAUGGUAACUCAGAAAGGAAUUGGUCUAAAUGGAGAAAAAUCUGUUCUGCUUAAUUACUUUGAGCUGAAUUCCCCUGGUCUCAUCAGUAAGGUACUAUUAUGUUUUCUUCGGACUUGGGUGCAGCUCAGGAAUUCAAUUCCACUGAAUUAGGUGGAUUUUAUUUUCAAAGAGUUCUAGAAUUGCUGCAUGAAACUCUUAACUUUAAUUGCAAUAAAAAGGUAAUGUCUUCUUUAAGUUGA